AUGCCGCUGCAGGACUUAAUAAACAAGAUCGGUCACCGCGUUAUGUUUGGAACCAAACAGAAGGAAGUUGAUAAGUGUCUUCGAACGGCCACGCCAGCCACCGUUCUCCAUGAUCUACACAGUUGCCUGGUACAGGAUCAAUCUGUAGCCAACACACCGGCGAUAUUUGACGCAUGCUGCGUCCAGGACUCGCCCCAGGGGCAGCCAUUUUGGACCAAAGAAAGCCUUGAAAACCACAUUGUAAAAACACAUCCGGGCGCUACCAUUCCGGACGCAUCUAUCGACGUUCUGUGGUCAUGCUUCUAUUUUUACGCGUAUCACCCAUUCCCACGCUAUGAUGCUGAUCACCAAAAACUGGAUCGACCCGCAUUUGAGCGCGCUAUAAGCUUGCUCGCUUUUCACCGCACGGAGAUCCUAGGGACUCUAGGAGAUGGUAUUGGCUACUGGCGCAUCAGUCGUCAACAGAACCAACAUACCAGUAAUCCUUCUCUGUCCAUAGACGAUGAUAUGAUGGAUGUUCUGGCUAUGACGAAACCCAAUAUUGAAAAAGGAUUCCCAUCUAGUGAUCAGCUGACACCAGCAGUUCAACGUCUUCUAAAAGGCGCAAAUCCUUCAUACAAGUUGCAUCUCAACGACCUUGCUACUUUGCUCGGCCUGUUUAGUAGGAUGAGAGUUCAUAAAUUGACCUGGGGACAAGGGUUCUACUACGCCUCCUUCGAAGAAUCCAGCCCCCAGAAAGAGGAGCUAGUGAAGAUACUACUCCAACCGUUUCGGCUUGACCAGGAAGGUUUCUUAACGCCCGAUUCGAUGAUUCGAGGCUUAGAUAUUUUGCCAAAUCUCGAGCAGCAUUUGCAUCAACUGUGGGCAGCCAUCUUCCAACCUCCUAUGCCAGAGGCUAGUGUUGCAUUUGGAACAGCGUCUCAACCAAAUUCCACUACCAGUGACAUCCUCCGUGCAGUGUCAUUGUUUGUUCCUCCAUACGAAGCCCAUAAAAAGUCUGAGAUUGCCCGGAAAUUCAGACCAUUUUCAUUUGAGGAAAUAUGUGAGCCGUCAACGCAGAGAUCGAACGACAACCUAUCUCGCAAUCAUAUUAUCCAGCGUGUUGCACAGGAAGAAACAGAUCACCGACCUCGUCUACUUCUUUUUGUCGGCGACCAAGACCAGAGCCGAAUCCCUGAGGUCACUGGCGCACUCUUCUCUCGUACUUCAGGGACCAUGAGCACUAAAAAUCAAGCUAUACCCGAGGAAACCGGAGAACGCAGUCUCGACCUUCCGCAGCUUCUCUUCCAGCUUCAGCCCAGCUUCAGGCUUAUCCAAUUGAACAAAGCGGGCAAUACUCGACCACCAGCACAUGAAUCUACAACAGGGCAUGUUGACAAUCUAGGCGCGCAAUACUGGAUAGGCGAUCGAGAGUCAAAAGUUGGCUUGAGGGUUGAUACGGUCACAAGUCAGGUUACAUACUUGCAGAAUACGGCCACCGCCGAUAAGAGCAGAAAUUUGUACGACGAGGUGUUCUGGAAUAACGAGAAUGUUUCUGGUAAGAAGCAGGAUGAAGGUAUCGAAAAAAGCUUUGCGGUGACUCAAAUCGCCGUCUACAGAGUAGAAGAUGGCGAAGCUAUCGCCUCCGAUAAACGUGGCAUAGAUGGACCCCAGUCUCGGAAGAAGGUCUAUAGAGUUAUAGAGAAAGGGGAGGGCUCAGGUUUGGAGAUCCCGACCUCUGGGUUAACUUGA